AUGGUAGCAAAUGAUGAUAAAGGAGAAAGGUUUGGGCAGACUUUGGCGCACAAGUUUGCCCAGAAUGGCAUCUGUAUCGCCUUCAUGGAAAGAAUACCAACCUACAAAAACACAUUGGAGAUGUACGGAAUGUUAGAACUGUUUCAGAAUAUGACACUUUUCUUAACCCAGACUAGUGUCAACAUCUGUAUCAUAAGUGCAGACUCCGAAAGCCUGAAUGCUUUGCAGUUGGCACUGAAUAUGUUUGAUCCAGAUUCCAUGGCACCUAUACACAAAGAAUGGGUUAUGACGGCCCAUUUCGAUUUCUCGUCACAGAUAUAUCAUAGAGAACUGGGCAUACAAGUCUUCCAUGGUGCAUUAUCAUUUGCAGUUCAUGUCACUGAAGUUCAAGGAUUCCCAAAGUUCCUCAGGAGCCUAAAUCCACAUGCUAAGGAAGAUGGUUUCAUCAAAAUAUUCUGGCAGCAGGCAUUUAGCUGUCUAUUUCCAGAUACUGAUGUGGACAAUGAUGCUGUGAAUAGCUGCACUGGGGAAGAGAAGCUAGAGACCCUUCCUGGGCCUUUUUUUGAAAUGAGCAUGACAGGCCAAAGUUACAGUAUCUACAAUGCUGUCUAUGCUGUGGCACAUGCUUUACAUGCCAUGUCUUCAUCCAGAACCAAAUAUGGAAUCAUGGUAGAUGGAAACAAGCUGGACCAUCCAAAGCCACAAGCAUUUCAGCUUCACCGUUUUUUGAGGAGGCUCUCCUUUAACAACAGUGCCGGUGAAAAGUUUUGUUUUGAUGAGAAUGGUGAAUUAGUGGGUGGCUUUGAUAUUAUUAACUGGGUAACCUUCCCAAAUAAAUCCUUCUUACGAGUGAAAAUUGGGAGAAUGGAUCCCCAAGCACUACCGGGAAGACAGUUGUCUAUGAAUGACCCAAUAAUAACAUGGCACAGCACAUUUAAUCAGGUCACACCCCUGGCUAUGUGUAAUGACCACUGCCAUCCAGGUUACAGUAGAAAAAAGAAGGAAGGACAACCAUUCUGCUGCUAUAAUUGUGCUCCAUGUCCAACAGGGAAGAUCUCAGACCAGAAGGAUAUGAAUGACUGCGCUAAAUGCCUGGAAGAUGCUUAUCCAAAUAAACACCAAAAUGGAUGCCUUCCAAAGGGUCUGCAUUUCCUGUCUUAUGGUGAACCUCUGGGCAUAAGUUUGGCUGUUUUCGCACUGUCUCUUUCUCUGACUACAGCUCUGGUAUUUGGAAUCUUUAUAAAGCAUCGGAACACACCCAUUGUCAAAGCCAACAACAGAGAACUCUCCUAUGUUCUGCUCCUCUCCCUCCUGCUCUGCUUCCUCUGCACCUUGCUGUUCAUUGGCUGGCCUCACUUUCUCAUCUGCCUUCUACGCCAGACUGCCUUUGGCGUCAUCUUCACAGUGGCCAUUUCUUCUGUGCUGGCAAAAACCAUCAUUGUGGUUUUGGCUUUCAUGGCCUCCAAACCAGGAUCAAAGAUGAAGAAAUGGAUGGGGAAAAGCUUUGCAAGCUCAAUUAUUGUUUGUUGUUCAUUCGUUCAAAUGUGUCUUUGUCUGGUUUGCCUCUGCAACGACCCUCCAUUCCCAGAUGUUGACGUGAACUCUGUGGCUGAAGAAAUCAUAGUGGAAUGCAAUGAAGGAUCUGCCAACAUAGUUUACUAUAUUCUGGGCUACAUGGGAUUUCUCUCUCUUACCAGCUUCUUUGUAGCUUACUUUGCUCGGAAGCUGCCUGACUCCUUCAAUGAAGCCAAGUUUAUCACUUUCAGCAUGCUGGUGUUUUGCAUUGUGUGGGUGUCUUUUGUUCCAACGUAUUUAAGUACCAAAGGGAAAUAUAUGAUAGCUGUAGAGAUCUUCUCCAUCUUGGCCUCUGGGCUUGGUUUACUGGGGUGUAUAUUUUCUCCCAAAUGUUAUAUAAUUGUCUUGAGGCCUGAAUUAAACAAUAAAGAACAUCUAAUAAGGGGAAAUAAGUUAAGAAUCUAA